AUGCCUCGCACUCCCUCGCCAAAGCGCAUCGACAACAGUCUCGACCGGCGCGAUAAGCUCGAAGCAUACGGCAUUAACGUCGACCGCGGCUGCGACCUUCCUGCUGCUCUCGUUGAGCACAUCUCGACUGUCAUCGAGGCUCCCCGCGAACUCGAUGCGGUCCCCUCGCCUAAUGCGAAGCAGCUGGUCCAGCGCCGCAGAAAUGCCGCGCUGCAGUCGGAGCGCAAUGGCAUCACGCAGAUUGCGCCGUUCCUAGGCUUCAUUGGCGAAGUCGAAGGCACCCCUGGACUCGCACUCGACCCGCUGCUCGUUACAAAACAAGACCUUGCGCUGCAUAGUUUCUUCUUGCCCUCAGCCCCAAACCCGGCUGUUGUCACCACGUGGAAGGCUCUCUCACAACCUCAGCCUGAUGUCUGUACCGGUUAUGUGACUCGCCGCGACGCCGAGACAGUCAGCCUGCCCUGUGCCGCUGCCUUCACCGCAGACGAAGAGGCCAUACUCGAUCGGUAUCGGCUCUCGCAAUUUCUCCACUUCCCGUUCCUCACCAUGCAGUACAAGGCUGCCAAUGCCAACGAGACCCUCCGCCAUGCACAGAACCAGGCAGCCCGCGAUGGUGCUGUCGCCGUAAAUUACCUAUACGAAUUCUAUCUUGCAGCAUACAAAAGGCCGCUUUCUGCUGUCGAUACCCACCAUGUCUCAGUUACUUGCGACAUGGAACACUGCGAGCUCUGGAUGCACUGGCGCGAUGGCCAAUCUCACUACAUGGAAUUGGUGUCCUCCCAUUCGAUGCGCGACUACAAUGCCAUGCUGCAGCUGCGCGGGCAGCUUCGCAACGUGCGAGACUGGGCUCUCGGUCCAAGAUUGCAGUCGAUCAAGACUGCUCUGCCCGACUUUGCAGCAAGCCAAUCCCUCGGCGACUACCCUAUCCUCCCGACUCCGAGCACUACAUCACAAUAUGAUUCGGCGUCUAUGUCAAGCCAUCCGCGCAUACUGCCCCCCACGUUGGGUUUCGCUCCGACGCCUCGCACGAUCCAGUCAGAGCCGAGCAAGGCCUCCAAACGCAGGCGAUACGCCGGCGACGACAAUAGUGAUACAAGAAGCGAGGCAGGUUGA